AUGAUAACCCCACUGGGUGAUAUGGAUGAGGAGUUUGACGAAGGUGUAGUUGCAGAUCAUCAUCGGACACAUGAAGGAGGUUUCGGCGAUCCUACAUGUAUGCAAUACCAGGGUUUUGACAAGUCUGGUCCGAACUGGGUUAACAUGCUCAGGCAACAAGGAGCGUCGGUAGACGAAACUAGCCCUCAAACUACACACCUUAGCCCAGACGUACACAGCAUAUCAGAUUUAACUUCUUUUGACUAUGGACAACGUCUACCUUCAUUAGAAGGCAGUUCAAGUGCUCCAAUAAGUAAAGGUACACCGAAUUUGGCGUCACACUCAGUUUUUGCAUGGCAGCCGUUUGGAAGCACAUCAGUUCACAAUCAGUCUCAAGCUUCAUCCUUUCAUGGUCAACCUGGACACUUAAUCCCUUUAAUCCCAGGAUCAACUACGGCUUACAGUGGAAUGGUCAGUUCCUCUCCUAUUAGUUCACUGCCGACAACAACUGAUUUAAUUGACUGUCAUCAGAAGAAUAAUUCACACUAUGCAUAUUCUGCUAAUUAUUCUAAUUCCUCUGCAUCAAAUAAACCUCGUUCUAUUGUUUUAAGUCCUGCUACCCAAUCUGGAUGUUGUCCUUCUGAAGUACAAAAUCUACGCUUAGGAAUGCUCUUACCUAAUUCUCAUUCCCCAACAACCGCUCCAGUACCAAUUUAUGCACCUCCGCUAACAUCUACCAGCACAUCUAGUUCAGCACCUCAUCAGGCCUUUUGUUCUCCGAAUAGCUCUUCAAAUUCUAAUUUAUUCAACAGUCCUCCAGCCAUGGCUAACCAUCCUGUACAAGAUCCUGCUAAAGUUGUCAGUCAAAAACAACGUUCAAAAAAAGAAAGCCAUAAUAGAAUUGAGCGAAAACGACGGGAUUAUAUUAAUUCACAAAUCGUCUAUCUCAGUAGUCUACUUCCACCAGAACUGUAUCGGGAUGUAGAUGGUCGUCGAAAUAAAGGUAGUGUUCUUCGACUAUCAGUUAGUUAUAUCAUGGAAUUACGUGAAGCUGUAUCUAGAAUGGAAAGUCUUAAACAAGAAAAUACUAUAGCACGUCAAUUAAUCCCUUUACUGUUACAACGUAUUGAAAGUCUAGAGAAAAUGACCUCAGAACCAAGUGGUGUUGACCUGAAAUCUGGACAACAGUUACAUCAUUCUUCACCGGCUAAUAAUUCUUUAAGAAAUUUACAAUCACUUGAAGCUGUUUAUCAAUCAUGGCUGUUAUUGAAUGAAGCAAAUCAACGUAGUAAUAGCUGUAAUGGGGGUGGGGGUGCUGCUGGUGGUGGUGGCAGUGGCAGCGUAGGCGGUAAUCCAUCAAAUAUGUCUGGAUCUGGUUCACGACAUUCAAUGCAUCCAUCACAAACAAAUCCUAAUGAUAAUCGUUAUUUACAUGAGUUAAUGAUGCAGAAUGAAACACCGGCUGACCUUGACUUUAAUAGUUCAAAAUUACAUCCUGUCACAUCUAGACAUAAUGUGAAUGUGAAAAGAGAACAUGGUGAUGAGGAAGAAAGACUUGAUGAUUGUAAUUCAAUGUGUUUAAAAUCAGAUACACGACGUCCAGGCUGUUCAUCUAGAUCAAGUUUUACUGAUCAUCCAACCUCAGAUAGAAUUGAAGAGGAAGUAACAUCACAAGAUGGGAGUUUUGAAAGCAGACCAAAUUCCGCCUAUGAAUGUUAUGCUCACAAUCUGCCAAGAACUCCACAGUCUGGUGUUUUUCAACAAAAUCAUUGA